AUGUUCGUUGACUACGCCCUACAAUGCCGCACUGAUGACGCCUUUGUAACGCUCCUCGACGCCACUGUCAUACCUGAAGAAUGGCACGACCUCCGUAGCUGGCUCCAUACGCAACAUCCUGAUACCAACACCCUUGAAACAUUCCCCUCCCACUACGACGUCGCCACCGAACUUAUCCGCAACCUACCGGAACACGACCGUCUAACGCUAGUGACAACCUCUAAGAGCUAUUGUUAUCACGUUGGCGAGCAGACAGGUUUUACGCUGAGAACUCUCAUCCGACACGGAGGCUUCAAAGAGCUAUUGAAAUACAUCAUAAAACUGCAGCCACGAUGCGCAGUGCAGACCAAGGAAAAAGAAAAAGAAAUAGAGAUAGCCAUACACCGAGAUGGGGAGACACAUUUCACCGAAGCGAUACGCAAACAGAUUGAUACUGUGAACCCGGAAAAGAUAAAAAAUACGCUGGCUGUGCUCUCGGAACUCUCAGUGCGUGCGGCUGCUUUCCUCCAAAAGUGUGACUUCACGGUUACGCAGGAAACUGCCCACGAAUUUUACAUGGAUUCAGUCAUGUACACCCGUUCUAUCGUAUCAGAGCCUUUCAGCAUGGUGCCACUGGCUGAGAGGUGCGAUUUGGCGCGCCUUGAUGUAAUAGUGUUGGCACGUUCACUGCUGCACCAAGCGUUUGCCAUUGCGAAGACAACUCCUGUACGGCAGGAAUUAGCCUGGCGUCUCCAUCACUGGAUGGCGCAUUGCGUAAAGGGUGCUUUCAGGCUUGAUGUCCAUAACCAGUUCCGCUACUUCGAUAUUGCAAACGCAGUGGCCGAAGUCAUGCGCAGUCCAUUCCGAUGGCAAGGUUUCUUCGCUGCUAAUCCGACGCCGCUUGCUAAUUUCCUCCCUCACGGUUGGGAAGACCAGGGUGGGGACCAUUUCUCCUAUGGCGACCUGACUAUCCCGCCGCUCGAGGAGGAGGAGGAGGAGGAUGCGCCUUGGUUCAUGGAGGACGUGGAAAGAGAGCCGGAUAGUCCGCGACGAACUGCGCGUAUCUGCUCUUCACCGGUACGUGUAGCAAGUGAGAUUGAGCCAGACGCUGUUUGCACGAUAUGUGGUGACGCGCUCGCUGUAGUCGAAGGGCUAUCUCUGCAAAUGCCUAUGCGUGCGCAUUGCAGCGGUGGCCACAUGUAUCACUAUGAAUGCUUGACGAUGUUGAUCAAUGGCAUUGACGCGUACGCAAAUAAGUGCCCUGUAUGCCGUCAAGAGAUUUGUUCACUGCGACGCAGCAAGCCUAUCAUUGACGACGACGAGGAGAUGGACGAAGAGUUGGACGAGGAGAUGGACGAGGAGAUGGAUGAAGAGGUGGACGAAGAGGUGUACGAGGUGGACGAAGAAGUCAACGAGUGCGUGAACGAACGGGUGAACCAGUGGGUGAACGAGCGGGUGGAUGAGGAGAUGAACGAGGAGAUGGACGAGGAGGUGAACUAG